CUCACGUCUUGUUUUCAACAGUCAACAGAGGUACCAACAGAAGUUACCAACCGUGAAACAAGGAAAGCCAUACACAGACGAGGUCUCUUCCUCUUCACCUAUCUCAGGAUUCUUCGACCAGAGAAGGGCAUCGGAAACAACACAGCAAUCACCAAGCCCACCAUAUCUCCGGCCCUCGUAUCUUGGCUUCAAAAUGGCCGACAGAAGACGUAUUAACGGACCGGUUGGGACUACCAACCCUCCCAUCUAUGACGAUGCACCCGAGAAGCAAUCCGAAGGUUUCAAGGUCACAAGGUCACGCCCGGCGAACGUAAUUCGCAAAAUGUAUCUCAAGACGGGAGUGACACCGUCGGCCUCUGGCUCUGCUUACCUAGAGAUCGAGUCGUCUGGAAACGGCGGCUCUGGCUUGAAGCUCAGUUGCAGCGUUCAUGGACCUAGAGCUUUGCCCAGGUCAACACCUUUUUCUCCUCACAUCAUCUUGUCCACCCAUGUCAAGUUUGCACCCUUUGCGACCAAGCAAAGGCGUGGUUACAUUCGUGACCCGAUCGAGAGAGAUCUCGGCACUCACCUUGAGACGGCUCUUCGGGGAUCUAUCAUUGCUGACCGUUGGCCAAAGAGUGGAGUGGAUAUCAUCAUCUCCAUUGUUGAAGGAGAGCAAGAUCGGGAGACCUCCAAGGCCCAGGGUAUUGAGGCCUGGGACACCAUGAAUGCCUUGAGUGGCUGCAUCACCGUUGCCUCGGCUGCACUUGCUGACGCUGGCAUUGACUGCGUCGACACUGUGGCCGGAGGUGUUGCUGCGUUGGUACAGGACGCAGGUAAUGACGCUGCUCCCAGCAUAGUUGUCGACCCGAUUCCUUCUGAGCAUGAGAAGGUUCUUGCAGCGUGCUGCAUCGCAUAUCUUCCCACACGACAAGAGGUCACCAACCUCUGGUUCAAGGGUGACCUACCUGCGUCCGAUAUGGACGUUUAUACGCAGCUGAUUGAAAAGGGCAUUCAGGCUUCCAAGAGCGCCAACCGCGUGCUCGUGGACUGCCUGAACGAGACCGUUGGGUGAUCAUGAGGUCGGCGCGGCAAUGUAUUAUUUGUUUUAGCUAUGCGCGAAUGGGAAAUACUCGUAUUGAAACCUUACCUCUACGAUUUUGGUCGAUUUAUCGACCCGAAGACCAGCUUCUGAUGCAAUAGGUCGAGCUACCAGCCACUUGGUCUUUCGCAAUAGCCCAUAUGUAGGGCAGAAGUAACGGAAGAUGCCAAUCGAUAGCAGCGACAACAGAACUGCGUUCCGAGGUUCGGCGGCUGACUGCAAGAAUGGAAUGGUCAACUUCCGGCGGGAAUAGUUUCGAGAUGCCUGUCAAGGUCUGACAGGUUGAGCGAGCGCUCUUUUGCUGAAACUCAGCUGGAAGAUCGCAGUGUGAUGGACGAAUGACGUCCAAGAAGCGUUGUGGCUGGUAUGCAGAGCUACCCUCUGAGGUUGACUGCCGAAACAUUAUGAACCGCGGGGUAUGAGAAGCUUCCACGUUCUUCGCCUCAAUGAUCGUCUGUUUCUGAAAUUGGAAACAUGAUGUGGGGAGAUUACGCGUAUCGUUUCGUUCAUAGCAGCACGGCAUGUUCGAAGCAGGGCAGACAUGGCCAAAGGUGGUGGCUGAUCAUGAACCGAGGUUUCACUAUUACUGCGUAGGGCAUACAUACACUACACCUGAACUACUUUCUUUUCGUGUCCGGCACGAUCUAAUCACUUUAUCUGAAGGGGACUGUGGUGAAUAGCUCGUAUCUUUAUCAACAUUUCGAGGUGGAGGUAACAUAACAUGAUCAACUACAUAAUCUGCA